AUGUCAAUUAAUUCCGACUCUGAAUCUGAAUCUGAAAGCAAAACACCUUUAUUAUCCAAAACAAAUCAACGAGAUGCUGAAAAAUUGAAUGAAACCAAAUUAGAGGAACAAGAACGUAUUAGACAACAAAUUUUAGCAUCUAGGAUAUUAAUUUAUGGAAGUUGUGGUUGUUUCAUUGCUUUAAUUUACAUUGUUUUGGAUGCUUUUGUGUAUCAUGCCAUGUUUUCUCCACCUUAUAUACCUACCAAGAGAAUCUCAUUUAUCAUCGUCAUCUUUGGGGCCAUUUGUCUCUUUAUAACAUUUCAUCUAUCCCAUUAUACUCGAAUAGCCACAUCGAAUAAUAUUUAUCAUAUUCUGCAUAUCCCUCAUCAUAAUCAACAAUCACAUUCAGGUGUAACAAAUUAUCAAGAUCUGAUUGUCAAUUAUAAACCUAUAUCAUCCUAUAAUACCAUCCAUACUGGAAGUACCAAACGAAAUGUGAUAUUUCCUCGAAGUUUUGAAAUCGAUGCCAAUUCAAAUGAUUAUCUUAUUAAUUUCUAUAAAGCAUUAACAAGUAAAGCCAAUCCAAAACAUCAUCAAUUAGAUGAUGAGGAUGAUGAAAAGAAAGAUAAUGGAAUUAAUGCUUUCAAUUAUUUCACUAAGGAUAAUAAAAUCAAUCUUGAUAAAUUUAAUAUCUUCAAAUAUCAAUUCAAUAAAGAUUUAAAAUCAGAACCUUUGAAUGAAGAUAUUAAAACUUUGAAUUUCCAUCCUUUCACCAUUUCUAUUUUUAAUAAUUUAAAGAAGAAUCUUCGAGGUUAUGUCAAGAAUUGUCAUCAGAUUUUAUCCAAUUAUGAUAUUGAAAUAAGUGAUCCCAUCUCUAAAGAAACCUCUCUUGAAAAAAUUGUUCGGAAUUUCGAAUUGGAAAAUUCAAAUUAUUAUCAAGAAUUAAAAUCAUUCUUUACCGAUAAUCCCAUUAAGAAUCAAUUACGAGAUCAUACUAUUGAAAAACAUUGGUAUAGAUUAGCUGGUACAUCAGUAUGGUUAGAACAAUAUGGAGUUCAUUUCAUGAUUUCAAGAAUCAUCUAUACUCCCUCUGGAAUCAAAAAUAAACCAGUAAUAUCCCUCAUGUAUGCUCAAUUAUUUGAUGAAAAAUGGCAAGAAAUUAAUAAUGUGGAAUUAAUCAUUCCUACUAAUAAUCCCGAUUUGGAAAAUAUCAAUAGUUCAGGGAUAAAUUUUAAGAAUUUGAAAUUCCCACAGAUCUUACCUACCCCAUUUUAUCAUGAUUCUGAAGUUAUUCAUGAGAAAUAUUAUGGACCAGAAGAUCCUCGAAUCUUAUUGGCAAAGAAUAAAUUAGGUUAUGAAGAACCCGUCAUUAUUUAUAAUAGUUGGCAUCGGAAAAUCGCUCAUACUCAACAACAAGAUAAAUCAAAUGAUCGUACCUACAAUGUUGAUUUCAAUUAUUAUCGAUCCAUGUAUAUUUGUUGGCCAUGGCAAUUCCAAAGAGGGAAAAUCAAUGUGGAAGAAUUACCUAAUCAUCAAUAUAAAUUAAAUCUUUAUAAUCGUAUUUCAGAACUUAAGAAAAUCGAAGUGGAUAGAGCUUAUUUACAAAAGAAUUGGACACCAUUCACAUCAUAUUAUGAUCGAGUCAAAUAUGGAUAUGAUAAAUAUAUCUAUUUCAUUUAUAAAUGGGAAGAUAUUCAAGUUUUGAAAUGUAAAUUAUCCAACAUAAAUGAUAUUUAUACUAGUGAUUGUAAAUUGGAUUAUUCCUUGAAUAAAAAAGAUAAUGGAGAUCUGAUUGGAUCCUUACGUGGGGGGUCACAAUUAAUCAAUCUAAAUCAAUUAUUAGAUGAUUAUAAAUAUCAAUCAUCCAACAUGAAUUUAAAGGUCAUUUUAGAUAAUAUUCCUCAAGGUAGAGAAAUUUGGGUUGGAUUCGCUAGAGCUCAUUUAAGAGAUUGUGGAUGUGGUCAUGAUUUCUAUCGUCCAAAUCUCGUCACCAUUAUAAAAGAUGAUAAUAAUAAGUAUAAGAUCAGUCAUAUGAGUCCCUUUAUAUCAUUGGAUGUUCCCGUAGGAGCAUUUGAUGAUGUCAGUAACACUGAUUGUAAACUGGGUGAACCAAAUGUAUUCAUCCCCAAUGGAAUUGGAAGUUGGUCAUUAAAUUCUUAUGAUACUAAUAAUAAACAUAAUAAGAAUAUUGGAUUUGAUGAUUAUUUAACCAUGAUAUAUUCAAUUGCAGAUAAUUCCGUCGAUAUAAUCCACAUCAAAGGGUUAUUGAAGGCGAUUUUAACUAAUCAAGAUGCUAAAUUAACAUUUGAAUCUUCAUCUUCCAAACGACUGGGAUUUAAUAAUGAUAAUAUUAAAUGUGCCUUGGAAGAUUCUCAUAAAUUUUGUGCCGCUUAUGGUUUAGACCAUGCUCCAAAGGAUGGAGAAUAG